CUGUUGGGUACUGAAUAAUAUGUUGACUUGUUACAAUGUUUGGCAAAGGAAUAAUGAGUAUAAAAGCCUAGCCUUUUAGCUUUUAAUGUAUUUAAGAUACAUAAGGAAUUACUUUGAAUUGAUAGCAAUCUAAUACUGUUACUAUUUUAAUUUUCUUCAAAGCAAACAUUUUCUGUAGUGUUUUAACCUUGAUAUAACCUCUACAGAUGUCAAAUGUGAAGUUUUGAAGAAUUAUUAAAUACUAAAUUGUUGCGAGUAAACGUUAUAGGAACUACAUAAAGUUCUAUGACAUGAUAAACAUCAUUGUUUAAUAAAUAAGAAUGGCUGAAACAUCUGAAGUACAAAAUAAAGAUAUUGGACCUGUGGUUAUCACAGAGCAAGAACGUGAAUUGGCUCAAAAUGCACUAUUUGAAUUUCAGAAAGGAGCAUAUACUAGUUGCUUGUCAUAUUUAAAUAAACUAGAAACCCUUAGGCCAAAAGAUCUCAAAGUAAUGCACAAUAAAGUUAUAGUAGAAUGCUAUAAAAAUGACUUGAAAAAGACAGAGGUAUUAAGAAAGAGUUUAAAUGCGAUAUGUGGACAAAUGUCUACAACAGAUUCAACAGAAACUAUAGAUGACAUUGAAAAAUGUGUUAUGAGAUAUAAUCAAGCAGUUUUGCUAUUUCAUACAAAACAAUAUAAUUCUGCACUUCAAAUUAUGAAUAGAUUAUUUGCUUUUAUAGAACCUAUGGAAGAAUCAUUAGCACAUAAAGUAUGCCUUCUUCUUAUAGAGUUGCACAUAGCAAUAAAACAACCAGAUGCGGCUUUGUCUUUGAUUAAUUACAUAGAAAGUCAACUUAUAUCUACAGAUAAUUCCAAAAUUGCACCUGUUGAUAAAGAAGGUAUAAUGAAAUCUAUAAAAGAACAAAAAGAACAGAAAAAAGAAGUUGAUACAGCUGUAGAUGCAUUUAAAAUAAAACUAUUAAAAUGUAAAGCUAGAAUAUAUCUUAUGACACAUCAGUUAAAACUAUGUAAAAGAGAAUGGAAAACCUUAGUUUCCAUGGGUACACCUGCAAAUAUAUCAACUGUUUUUCUAAAAGCUAAUCUUGAAUAUUUAAGAGGAAAUUACAAAAAAGCUGUGAAAUUAUUAAAUUCUGUAACAUCCGAAAAUGUGGAGUUCAAAACUUGUGGAGAGUCCUCUGCUGUUUUGUAUUAUAACAACAUGGCAUGUAUACAUCUUGCUAUGAGUAAACCGAAUUUAGCGUGCUUUUAUUUACGAAAAGCUUUACAUGAAAAUAGGUGCGCAAUGGAGAGUGUACAAACGAAAGAUAGCGGUAAUUAUCCUUUAUGUACACAACCAUUGUACACACUUGGUGGAAAUAGGCAUUAUGAGUUGAUGUACAGUUUGGGUGUGUCAUUAUUACAUGCAGGUCAAGCUUCGGUUGCUUUUGAUUGUUUCAUGGAAGCUGCACAAAAACUUCAUAAUAAUCCUAAACUAUGGUUAAGGGUUGCAGAAUGCUGUAUUUAUUGCCAUAAACCAACCAACGAAGUUGAUUUUAAUAUUCCAAAACGAAGAAAAGAUUUAGUACAGAAAAUUGUUGGUACUGGAAUUUAUAGGAAAAUUAUUUUAGCUUCUUCUCUUUCCAAAGAUGUAAAAUAUCAUCCUGAAGGUUUCCCUUCUGCCAUUCCGCAAUUAACUUUGGAAUUUGCAUCGUUAUGUCUAAAAAAUGCAUUAUUUUUGUUACCAAAUAAUAAUGAAGUUAAUGUACCAGUGGCAACAAUUGCUAACUCGCAGACAGUGCCGUUAUCAUUAACAGCUGGUCAUAAUUUAGGUACCCAACAUUCAACUUUAAUGUCACAAGCUACAGCCAUUGAAGCAUUAAAUUUGAGAAUCAGUGUCUUGGCUGCAAGCGCAUACGUUUGUUUAUGCCUUGGUGAUUACGUUAUUGCGCUUGAACAUGCUAAAUCAUUGUUAAAUAUCAAUAAAUUACCUGGUGCAUAUAGAAUGCUGGGAAAUCUAUAUGCGGCAGAAAGUUUGAUAUUUAUGGAUAAAAUUAGUGAAGCAAUUGAAUAUCUAAAGCCAGAAAAUAUUCAAGAUUUGAAUACUUUCGUACCAUUUCCGGAAACUCAGGAUAAAGACAAAGAUAAAGGCGAUGAAGUUAUCUCAAAACCCAUAAAGAUGUGGUAUCCGACGACAGUUCCUACAGGCAUCGCUGUAUUACGAUACAACCUAGCUGUAGCUUAUGCAAUUCGCGGUGAACUGGAUAAAUCAGGAGAAACUUUAAAACAGGUUUGGAUGUCCAAAGGUCCGGAUUGUGAUGUACCCAUACAUGUAAUAAUGUUGGCUUUAUACAUAGAACUACAAUUAGGUCACGCAGAUAUUUCAAGAUCAAUAAUAAAACAACACUGUCCGCAGUACCGCUGACGGUAAAUUGUUAAUAUCUAGAGUGAAUGAAAUAAAGCAGAGUUUUGUAAAUGUAAAUGGAUUGUAAGUCUGCGUAUGUAAAUAAACAUAUGUAUAAAAUA